UCCAACUUGGACGAAGAGUCAAGGUGUAUUUCCCGUAUUGUAGAAGUGAGGUUGUCAUAAAGGAUCACAGGAAAGUUAUUUACCGUUACGUGUUAAGCCUAUUUCUUCUUCAACAACAUCAGGUUUUUUGUUUUUAAUUUGCGCUUUGAAUGUUGGGUUAUAAUUUGGUUUGACGUUUACGAAAACGUAUUUUGACUUGAAGUUAAAUAGGAAAAUGAGUUAUAAGGAAUUACUUGUUUUUCUCAUGGGAGAAAGAUGAAGUUUGUGCAAACACAAAUCCAUUCUCUGAAUCCUGGAGGCAAUCUGUUUUAAAGGUCUCAUGAUGACAUCCAUUCAGACAUGUCUUCCUAACAACAACUGUAAACAGCCUUUAAGCUCUGUAGUUCGUAGCUCUAGCUUUCUGAGACCUGGUGGAGGGUCCUUACGACAGAACGCUGUUCAUAGGAAAAGUGCUGUAGAACGACUGGAAGAGAGCAAAGCCAACUAUGUCAAGUCCGAGCGAGUGCUGGAUAGUAAACAAUCUUUCAAACAUAGCUCCUGUCUUCAACUCUCUUCUCGCUCUCACCUGGACUUCUUAAUCAUGGGGACAUCUAAACAUUCACAUACAUAUGAAACACUGAAUGGUGAUUGUCGAACUGUGGGACAGCAAAGACCAGUUAUCAGGGCUCGAGCCAAGUCUCAAUCUGAGUCUAGAGACAUUCAUGUACCUAAAAAACUCUCUCCUUACCAUCCUACAAGCCAAAUGACAGAAAAUCUGGAACAGUUAACUCUUAAGAAGGAGACAGAGGUAUCCCAUCACAAAUAUGCUGAAUCCCCAGAAAGAGCAAAAGUUCACAGAGGUAAUUCAGAUCCAGUUCCCAAGGAAAAUUGGAUUUCAUAUCAACCAAACACACAAAAAUCUUAUAACAUUCAUAAAAGCAUGCCAGACCUUUCUCCUGCACAAGCAAAACUUGCUGCACAAGCUUAUUUGCAAUCACCUUCUGAAAGCUCUAGAACAUCAUCUUUUGGAUCAAGUCAUUUGAAGUUUGAGGUAACACCAAGACCCAGGCUUUUCACUACACCUGAUUAUGUGACCAGAAGCUCUUCUUUUAAAUGUGAUAUUUACAGUGAUGAAAAUAAUGAAAAGUAUGUUACUAAGAGUGACCUUGAUGAGCUAUUGAAACAGACUAACCAGCAAAAGAGUAGUAAUGUUACAUCAACAUUAAACACCCCAAGUUCAGAAAAUAGUGGUAUGCGAAGAAAGCCUGUAUUACGUUCCAAGUCAGACAUUGGGUACCGAUAUGGCUGUAACCACCAUCCUACAUCAUCCCAACGAAUGACUGCUCAGUGCAUUCCUGAACUUGAGAGAUUUUUUAACAACAUGGGACUGGAGUCCAGUGUGUGGAAACAGCUCACUGGUACUUCUACUACUUCUUCUCCACCACAGUUCUUUGGCUCAGGUAGUUCUAUUAAUACUGAUGACCAUCAGUCUCAUGUAUGCAGUGAAGAUUCUUUCCAGGAUGAAUGGGAUGGUGGUGGAGGAAAGGAUGGUCUCAGGGGCCAGGAUUUACGAGAUCACGGUCCAUUGGAGACUUCUAUUGUUGAAAAAAAUGCUCGUGUCAUCAAGUGGCUCUUUAAUUGCAGAAAGGCCAUGGAGAGUAAUGAAUCAUGAUAGUGACAACAACCUAGCUCAGCAACUCUUGAAGAAGGAUCCAGAGGAAUCACUGUAUUGCUAAAGCUGACAUCAGUACUUGCUGUUUAAGUUGGCUUUUUAACAGACAUUUAGAUGGGACAUGCACAUGUUUGUGCAUGUUUUUUUACAAUUUUCCCUGUGUCAGGGAGAAAAUUUUUUUUUAUAUUGUAGUUGAGUUUUUAGGAAAUUUUAAACUACAUUUUUUAUUUUCUACAUCCUUUUUGUUAAUAUCGUUAUCCUAGCAGUUAGUUGUUGGACGUCUUGUGAUUUACAAAUGAGGUAAACUUGAUUGUGAUACAAAUGGAGAAACCUAGGAAGGUAUUCAUAUUAAAAUGUUGUUUGUAUGUAUAAGAAAAGUUACAUUUUCACCAUCAUUAUCUUUACAACUACAAAAAUAUUUCCUUCUAGAACUCCAACAAAAAUUGUAUAAGUACUAGUGGUGCAGCAAAAAACCAAUGUAAUUUUGAAUUGCUAUCUUCAGCUUUUAAAGAAUUUGAUUUGAUAAAUUAGAACUGAAAUGUAAGUUUAUUUUCUUGGAAAAGGUAGUUAUAUGUAGUAUAAUUAACACUAAGCAAUAUUAUUUCAGAAGUUUUGUUUAUGAAUGUUUAGCAUUAAAUCCAGAACAGCAAUGCCAAACAUGUUUUAUUAUCGACAGUACUACAAAAAUGUAUUUUAUUUAGAAGUAUUGAUUCUUCCUAAUAUUCAUAUUCUGAUAAUAUAAAAAGUUUUCACCAUUAGUAGGAUAUGUAGGUAUCGUAAACUUUCCACAAUAGUUUUCACCUGUAGUAGAGGCUUUGGAGGUAUACAUAGUUCUGUAAUAGUGCCAUUUACAUUCAUCUUAUGUUUAAUCUUGUCUGUUUUUCCACAAAAAGAUGAAGAAAUUUUACUACUGAGGCUGGCAUUCAAUACAUGUUGUAAGAUGUGUAAUAUAUUUUUCUAGAGUGCAUCAAACUGUAGUCUUGUGUUUUCUUUUCUCUCUGUCUAACACUAACAAAAAUAAAUAGAUGCAAAUAGUAGGUAGACCAUCUGAAGUCAGCAGUACUAACCUAUUAGUCUUUGCUAUAUCUAUCUUAAAAUUUAUUAAUAGUAUGAUAAAGACAUUACUGAAGCUGUGUAAAGAUUAUGAUACAAAUAAAAAGUCUUUUUUACGGUGCAUAAUGAUUAAAACAAUAGCUCAAAAGAGCAUCAUAUUUAAAUUUAUAUCUUAAUUGUAAAACAAGGAAUAUUAGUUUUCUCAAAUGUGCUGCAGCGUUUUAACUCAAAUUAUGGGCUUUAAGGACAUCUGUUAAUGUUAGAAAUAGCAAUUAAAUUUUUCUUUUUUUCUUCAAUGGUAGAACUAUUCAGUUUAUUUUAU